AUGACUGGGUUUUUUACUACAAAUUGUUUUGAUAAUGAAAGUGAUCCUAAUUUUAUUUUACAUGAACAAGAGGAAAGAAAUUGGAUUUAUAUUCACUUUCAAGGAUAUCCAUAUUUAAUUAUUGGAUUACCUGGUUUAUUCCUUACUUCACUACUUUCAAUAGCUUUAAGUCUUUCAAUUUUCCAAAAACAAAAUCGACUUAGAAAAUGUCGACGUUUCGGAAAUAAAUUUUAUAUUUUGUUAUUAAAUAGAACAAUUGGGGAUUUAUUUGCCUGUUUAACAUCUUUAAUGAUUUCAAUAUAUACAAUAAUGUUUCCAGGAAAUAUUAAUACAAAAAUAAUGCAAUUAUUAAAUGUUUGUUUAAUUGGCUGUUUUUGGUCAACAAUGAUUACUUAUGUUUCUAUUUCUCUUUUAAAACUUUUUGGAGUUGCCUAUCCACUUAAAUAUCGUCAAAAAGUUUCAAGAAAAACUUGUAUUAGAAUUGUUCAAAUAAAUUGGGUAAUUAUUUUGUUAAUGAUUUUAUUGUCUUAUUUAAUUUAUUUAAUUGUUUAUAUUCCUUCUUUGAGUAAAUGGACAGGUUGUAGAGCUGAGACUUGCCUUCAAUUUUUUGUUUAUCAACCAAGAAAUUUUCUUAUUUCAAAUACUUAUUUAUUUACAAUUAGUUGUACUUUAAUUGCUGCUCCUUUAAUUUCUGGACUUUUUACUUUUACAAUUUUUCAUGCUCCAUAUGCUUUAUUUGCAAUAUAUUUAACACCAAUAUUUACUGAUUUAUGUUUUUAUUUAAUUAAUUAUCGACUUGUCCAACGUUAUUUGGGUAUAGUUAGAUGUUGUGUUUUGUUAAGAAUUUGUUUGGAUGCAAUUUUGGCAUUUGGAACUGAUAAAGAAUUAAGUAAAAUAAUUAUUGGAAUUGUUAAAGAAGGAGAAGAUGAAGAGGAAGGAGGAUUUGAAAGUAGUAGUAGAAGUAGAGUAAAUACAAUUAAUAGUUUUGUGGUAAAUAAAGAAGAGAAUAAAUAA